AAAGAAAAUCUGAAUUAAUACUUUAUUAAAUUUUGGACUUACCAGAAACAGUAGGAUGAAAUCCUCCGUUCUCAGCCUUUUCCUCCUCUCCAUUAUAUGUACAACCAGCUGUGGGCAUGGUGAAGAAGACUCUUUCCCAACCUUUUCCGCAUUACCAAUACCAGAGACGUUGCCGUUUGAUAAUCUCUUGUCCUUCGACUACUACAACCAGAGAUGCCCACAGCUUGAACAAAUUAUCCACACAAAACUGAAACAAUGGGUUGCAAAGGAUCACACACUUGCCGCCAGUCUUUUGAGGCUGCACUUUCAUGACUGCUUUGCCACGGGAUGCGACGCUUCCAUUCUCUUGAACCACGAAGGAAGUGAGAGGAGAGCCGAGGCUAGCAAAACAUUGAGAGGGUUUCAAGUGAUAGACGAUAUUAAGGUGGUGGUGGAGAAAUCCUGCCCGGCAAUCGUGUCUUGCACUGACAUUCUGACGGCAGCCACCAGGGAUGCCACCGUUUUACUCGGAGGACCAUAUUGGAGAGUUCCUUAUGGCAGGAAAGAUUCGCGUAUUUCAAAUGCAAAAGAUGCUGAGAUGGUGCCUAGUGGUCGCGAAAGCAUUACCACUUUGCUUGAGUUGUUCCAAUCUCGGGGUCUAAAUUUAAUUGAUUUGGUAGUCCUCUCAGGAGCACACACCAUUGGAAGGACAUCGUGUGGUGCAAUUCAACGCCGGUUGUAUCAGGGGUUGAAUGGAACAUCAAGCAUGCCAAAUCCUCCUCUUGAUGAUCAUUACUUGGACUUCUUACAAAGGAAAUGCAGAUGUGCAUCGGGCGACUACGUUGAUCUUGAUGCUACAACCCCAACCACUUUUGAUUCCCAGUUUUAUGCCAAUCUUCAGAAAAAUAUGGGACUUCUAUCCACCGAUCAAAUGCUCUAUUCUGAUCCAAGGACUUCACCUAUCGUCAACUCUUUGAUUGGAGCCCCUUCUCUUUUCAUACACCAGUUCUCAGCCUCCAUGGUAAGGCUUGCAAACAUUCAAGUCCUCUCUGGUCUCGAUGAAGUCGGCGAAAUUCGAACCAACUGCAAUUUUGUCAACUCUUAUAAUACUUGAUUUUACCCCAUCUUUUUACUUUUCUUUUUGAUCUUUUUAAUCUGUUCUUCCCAUGUUUUGCUCCUGAAACAAUUAUUGUUGUUCCCUCUCUAUAUUUGUUCCUUCAUGAGGUUUUAAAAGAGAAUUAAAGACAGAAAACACUACUGUGUAAGCUCCAAUUGAGCCAAGCUUCACCUUGAUUAUACAUGU